CAAACAAAGGAAUGAGAAGUUUAUUUGGACAAACAAAAAAGGAAAAGUGAGAAGUUUUUUUUUGUUUGUGGAGGGAGGGAGUAUACAACUUUGGUAAAUAAAUAUCACAAUGCUAUGCAAUCCACUGCAUGCACCAUAUCAUAUGGCUUCUACAGUACUUGUCAUCCUCUUGCUAGUACCCAUCAUUAGUAAUACUGUUAUUAGUUCAAUAGCUCUGAAUCAAAGAGAAGCCCUUCUCAAAUGGAAAGCCAGUUUGGACAACCAAAGCCAAAAAGUCCUAUCUUCUUGGGGGGAUAGUAAGGGUAAUGAUCCAUGCCAUUGGGUUGGACUGGCCUGUGAUGAAGCUGGAAGCAUCACCAACAUAAGCCUUGCAGGUUCAAAUCUCACGGGGACACUCCAUGGCUUUAACUCUCUGGCCUUCCCCGGCCUAAGGGAGCUUAAUUUCCGAAACAAUACGCUUUUCGGCCCCGUUCCCUCCCACGUUUUUAAUCUAUCCAAACUAGUUGUUCUUGAUUUGUCUUUUAACGAGUUUUCUGGAAACAUUUCUUCUGGGAUAGGAGGGUUAAGCUCCCUUUCUAAACUUGACCUUUCUGGGAACAAUCUUGCUGGUCAGAUUCCUCCUGAAAUAGGAAGGUUGAGCUCGCUUUCUCAACUCUUUCUCUCCACAAACAGCCUCACUGGUCGAAUUCCUCCCGAAAUAGGAAGGCUCAAUGGUUUUAUACCUCAGGAAGUUGGACGGAUGAGAUCCCUAAACCAACUUGAUUGUGCAUCCAACUUCUUUAGUGGUCCUAUCCCUGCAUCAAUAGGAAAUUUAAGCCAAUUAACACACCUCACUCUUUAUAUUUGCCUUGGGGGAUCGCUUCAGUUCCUAGCUGCAAAUAGAAAUCAUUUGACGGGCAGGCUGACAAGAUUGGAAAACCUUCUUCUCAAUGACAACAAACUCGUUGGCAACAUCCCACAAGAGAUGGGAGAGCUUUCUAAUAUGGAACACCUUAGUUUGGCAGCAAAUAGUUUGAUGGGAGUGAUUCCUGGAAACCUUGGGAAAUGCUUCAGAGCUUGUCGAAAAGCUGCUUUACCGGGUACUGGUCUUGUGGUGGCUGUGAAGAAACUUUGUGCGCCAGACGAUGAUCAGCCCUUUCAUCUAGAAGCAUUUGAAAGCGAGAUCCGUGCUUUAGUGGACAUUCGACAUCGCAACAUUGUGAAGUUCUAUGGUUUUUGUACUUCUAAAGAGCACUCAUUCUUGGUACUUGAGUUCGUAGAAAGAGGGAGUCUGAGAAAUGUUUUAAGGAACCCAGAAGAAGCAGAGAAGUUGGAUUGGGACAAGAGGCUGAACAUUAUCAAAGGGCUAGCUAGUGCUUUAUCUUACAUGCACCACGAUUGCCAAUCAUCGAUAAUCCAUCGUGACAUAUCUAGUAACAAUGUCCUGCUGGAUUUGGAGUAUGAAGCUCAUGUCUCUGACUUUGGCAUAGCUAGAAUUUUGAAACCUGACUCUUCCUUUUCGACAUCAUUCGCAGGCACCUUCGGCUACACAGCUCCAGAGCUUGCUUACACGAGGCAGGUGACUGAGAAGUGCGAUGUCUACAGUUUUGGCGUGGUGACAAUGGAGGUGAUCAUGGGAAGGCAUCCGGGGGAUCUGGUUUUGAGCAUAUUGACACCAAACAACCAUGGCCAACUAAUGCUGCAGCUGCUAAAAGAUGUCAUAGAUCCACACCUCCAACUUGAGAGGAAGAGCCAAGUGCUGAUGGAGCAAGUGGUUUCCACACUGAAGAUAGUGGUUGCGUGUUUGCACCCCGAACCACAGCUUCGGCCCACCAUGCUACAAGUUUACAAUGCACUUACCAACGGCCGACCAUCUCACCUGUCAAAACCAUUUUCAUCAAUAAGUUUGGGAGACUUACUUGAAGCUAGUCUAAGUCUAGCCUAGAGCAUGAAAUGAAAGCACUCUAUUUUG